AUGUCAAAGAAGGAACUUUUAAAGGUUAUUGUCUUGGGAGAUUCUUCCGUUGGUAAGACUAGUUUGAUGAAUCAGUUCGUUAGUAAAAAGUUUUCAACUCAAUACAAGGCUACUAUUGGAGCAGACUUUUUAACGAAGGAGGUUAUGAUUGAAGAUAAGAUGUGUUCCUUGUCAAUUUGGGAUACUGCUGGUCAAGAACGUUUCCACAGUUUGGGAUUUGCAUUCUUUAGAGGAUCCGAUGCUUGUGUACUUGUUUUUGAUAUUACUGUACCAAAGACAUUUGAAAAUGUUAAUAAUUGGAGAGAUGAAUUCUUGAUGCAAACCACUCCAGAAGAUCCUGAUAAUUUCCCAUUCGUACUCAUUGGAAACAAGGUUGACAUGGAAAACAUGAGACAAGUCCAACAAAAACAGGUCACUAAUUGGUGUAGAAGUAAGGGCAAUAUUCCAUAUUUUGAAUGUAGUGCCAAGGAUGGUACCAAUGUAGAAAAUGCCUUUGUAACUUUGGCAAAGAGAGCAUUAUCAGUGGCUAAGGAAGAUAUUAUUCAAAGAAAUGAAGGGUUGACAGACUUUGGAGACGAACCAAAGCCUCAACAAAACACUGGUUGUUCUUGUUAA